AUGUUCAGCCAUCAGAAUGCUGAGACAGCAUUUAACAUUCUUGAAAAUCCAAAUGUGAUUAUGAAAAGAGUUCAUGAAAUGUAGGCUGCCAUUGACUAAAGACUUUAUAAAAACAAAAAUGCUGAGGCCUAGAGAGUUGAGCAAUAGAACUACAAACUACUUUAGUAGUGUCUCUCUAACAACAUAAUUUAGGUCUCAAAUGAUUCAAAAUACAAUAAGUUUCUUAGUAAGAGAUCAAGUGUCAAUACUGAUAGGCAGAGUGAAGGCAACAGAAUGGGCUUAAUGAAAAAGAAAUCUAGUUUAGGAACAGGUAGUAUUGUAGAUGAACCAGUGAGUAAAACUAGAAUAAUAAAUGCUAUGAAUAUGAGUAAUGACUCAGGCAAAAAGUUUGUUGUUAAGGAAGUUGGCAAAAAGCUACUUAGAAGCAUACUUGAAAUCUCAAAUUAAAGAUCUCCUCAAAAUGAAGAUGACUAAGCUUUAAGAUAAGAACAUUAGGAGAAGCUGAUAGCUGACUCUCCUAAGAAGUAAAAACGGUAAUUUGAUAGGAAUGAAACUUUUUUGAGUUAAAAAAAGUCUAUGAGUAAAUCCUCAAAUAUCAACUUAAGGCCUCAAUCAAAGUAAUCUGUUGGUUUAUCAUCCUAAGCAUUCUCCCCUAAAUCUGUGCUAUCAACUGAGAAGAUAUUUGAUGGUCCAGAGAAGAAGGCUAAAUUUUUUAAUUGUGCAAAAGAGUUUAACAAUCUUUCUUAAAAAGCAGAUGCCUCUAAGAAUGCCAAUCUCGCCUUAUUAAAAAAUUUACAGGAGCAAAAUGUAGUUCCAAUACCUAUUCUAACUAGACUAGAUAAAUAAGCUUUGAAUCUAAUGGGGUAUUAGCUCAAUGAUGGUUUAGCUAUUUCACUUGGCAAAACGCUCUAGCACAUCCAAACCAAAGGCCUAAAGAAAUAAAUAAAGGAGGCUUAUUUUGAUAAUAAUGGACUAAAGGAUUCAAGUUUAGCUGUUAUUCUAAGAGGUCUUGUCGAUCAUUUGAGUCUUAUCAGACUUUAUUUAUCAAAUAAUGAGCUAGGUGUAAUGUCAAUUGAACCAUUGCUAUUAAUCCUGUCUAAAAAUAAGCCUCAUCACAUUAAUGACUUAGAAUUACACAACAUUACGACCUAGGGAUACAUCAUCGAACAAGUUCUACUAAAAAUAGUGUAGACUCCAUAUUUAAGAGUCCUAAGAAUAUCGAAUAUAAACUUGAGUGAUUCUAAAACAAUGAACAGUCUGAUUCUCAUCAUUAAAAAGUGUGAAAAUCUCAGAGAAUUAGACCUUUAGUGGCUUCGUCUAUUGCCUAAUUAAAAACUGAUAAAGACUCUAGAUGUAAUAGCACCUAAGAAAUUCUUGCUAGAUCACGACUUUCUAUUAAAUAAUCAGUUUAAAAAGGAAUUUCAACCAGAGAAUAAUGCUAAGCCAUAAAUUAAGCUGCUUGAAACAGAAUAAGAAUAAGAUCUUGAUUUGGAUAGUUUUCAAAUUAUGCAGGAAUCUAAAAUAAUUAACACCCAUAUAAUGGACAAAAUUAAUAUUCAAAAGUAAACUACUUCAAAUAAUCUAAAAGGGAAUCAUAAUCUACUGUCUCAUUUAGAAAAACCUUUGGAACUUAGUAGAAUGAUUGAUCACUCUGAGCUUAUUUGGAAUAUGGGAUUAAGUUAUGGAUUUAGAAGUAAUAAUUCUAAAUGCAAUAGUAUUUUCAGCUUGAACUACUCUUAAAAUUGGAAAAUUUGUGAACCAAAUGAGUGCUGGAUUUGCAUGAAAUAUAAAUAUGUAGUUAUAUUCUACAAGCAAAAUUAAGCAAUUAAUUAAUUUCAUCUGGUUAGCAAGGAAAGAAGUCAGUAAGUUGACAAUAGAAAUACUCAAUUUCUGAAGACUGUCAUUAACGAACAGAUAAAGGGCCCUAUAAUUAGUGGGACAUUUACGGACUGGAAUUACACUUAAAUGCUCCCUGUUCAUCAAUUUGCAAUGCUUUUGGAUCAGAAGUUCAAAAAUAAUUUGAUUGAGUAAUAAGACCCAUUUGAUGUGAUGAAGAUCUUGCAACUAGAUGAGUCUAUUUCGAAUACAAUAUACAUUAAUUUUCCUGUUUAAAAUGAUGUGGAAUAUGACGAUGCUAUUGGAUAAGAUUUAUAUGUUUUUGCAGGAUUUAUGAAGCCAGGGAAGUAAACUAUUCUGAUAAGAGAUAUGGAUUCGAAUUGCUAUUUUUCUAAAUCCUUUGCAGUAGAGCUGAGAAGCCAUGAAAUAAUUACUCAAAAGAGUUUAGUGUAUUUAAGGAAUGGAAAGAAGAUACAGUGUAAUCUCUAAAGAAAAUGUUUGAUAAUGAUCUAAGCUGUUGGAAAGUACCCAGAUUCGUUAAAAGCUAGGAAGAUACUUUUCAUCGCUACCAAUGUUGAACUUGUUGAUAUGAGUGAAAACCCUGACAAGGAGUUAUGUCGUUUUGAGAUUCUAGAAAUAUUUGUUAGAAUUGCAGGAGCUAAAUAUAAAGAUACAGGGACUACUAAAACUUUCAGCGAAAGUCUUAAAAUGUUACUUGAAAAUCAUAUUCUUCCUCUAUGUUAAACUUUAAAUUGGCAGGAGUUUAGAGAGAAAGACCUUUGGACUCUUGAUAUAAAUGAUACUUUUGAAGCUAAUCUAGAGCCUUUAAAAAAGCUGUUCGGUUAAUUUGGAAAAGUAAACAAAGGAUUUUUGAAUUAAAAAGAGUGCAUAAACAUGAUCAAAGCAGCAGGUAUUGAGAUUGGGGAGAAAGAUAUAAUCUUUUCAUAUGGAAUGAAACAAUACAAUAAGAUGCAAUUUGUAGAAAUGCUAGAGUUCAUCGCUAGACUUGGAGAGCAGAUAUUUAAAAACUAGCCAGAUUUGAUGCUUUAAGAAAAAAUUGAAAAUGUUAUGGAUUCUUUGCUAAGGUUAGUAGGAAUGCAAAGAAAGCAGCCAGUAAUUGCUGAAUACUUGGAGUCUGACUCUAAUUGA